AUGUUGACUCUCUUCCUCGAUGUCCGCGGUGGUGGACAGACUGUCACUCACCACACAUCAGACCAGACUGUCACUCACCACACAUCAGACCAGACUGUCACUCACCACACAUCAGACCAGACUGUCACUCACCACACAUCAGACCAGACUGUCACUCACCAUACAACAGACCAGAAUGUCACUCAUCACAUAUUAGACCAGACUGUCACUCACCACACAUCAGAGCAGACUGUCACUCACCACGCAUCAGACCAGACUGUUACUCACCACACAUUAGACCAGACUGUCACUCACCUCACAUCAUACCAGACUGUCACUCACCACACAUCAUACCAGACUGUCACUCACCACACAUCAGACCAGACUGUCACUCACCACACAUCAGACCAGACUGUCACUCACCACACAUCAGACCAGACUGUCACUCACCACGCAUCAGACCAGACUGUUACUCACCACACAUUAGACCAGACUGCCACUCACCUCACAUCAUACCAGACUGUCACUCACCACACAUCAUACCAGACUGUCACUCACCACACAUCAUACCAGACUGUCACUCACCACACAUCAGACUAG